GUGGCAGCAUUUCAGCUCUACUUGGUUUAGAAAAAGCCUAGGCAUAGCUUGCCCACGCUACCAUCUCCUUUCCCUGGAGCAGGCUGCUGAAGACUCCACGAAAGCCUUGAAGAGCAUGCAGUUACAAUGUAAUCAAAAGAUGGCGAAUAGCUCAGGUAUUUUAAAAUUGUCAGGGAGGGCUAUGGAAGACCACUUCAGUUUACUUGGACUCUCGUGUUCUGAUGCAGCUUAUUGAAUUGAGGUGCAUGCUUCAAGAGCACUUUUUUUUUUCUUUCCAUAGUUGUCUAUAAAAGACCCAGAGAGAGAGAGAGCUAUGUGAAAUUUGCAUGCUAACAUUCUUAAAAUUAUACGUUUUAAGUGUGCCGCUUUUUUUCCUUCCUUUUUUGGGUAAUCCGAAAUUGUAGGUGCAACCAUUUUAUGUCCUAAGCUUGAAGCCCCAAAACUCAAAACAGGUGUAAUUUGUUAACUCUCCGCUGCCCCCUGGUGGUGUCCUACUUCAUGGCAUGUGCCUUGCUCAAAUCUUCCACCCCUUUGAUAAAUUCUUGAGGGUGCGGUGUGGAAAACCUAAAUGAGAGAUGCAGACAGGCUACCAAUUCUACUUUCUCCAGACUUGGCCUGUUCGUGUUUUCAAAUACCCUAAGGUCUAACGCCCGGGGAGACUAGCCACCGGGGCUGACCCACGUAGGAGCCUUGCCCAGUCUAGAAGGAUCACGUGGGAACAUUUGUUUAGGAUUAGACUCCACGGGCUGCAGCAGGUGCUGUAGUGGUCAGGGUGCUGGACUCCCACACGACCCACUGCAGUUCACGCCCUGGACCAUGGGGGUGUAUUCCCAAUGCCCCAGGAGGAGAAUGGAGUGUAGUGCGGCCAUCUCACCGGGCCUGGGGGUCAUUUUUCCUUUCCCUUCCACCUUCUCUUUCCGUCUUUGCAGAGUGCCUGCGCCCAAUGGGAAAAAACCUUGGGGGGAGCGGGGAGCGCCCAGAGCUGCACCUCACACCUAUUAAAACCUGGUCCCCGGUGGGUCAACCUGUGGUUUUCUUUUUAGCUGCCGCAGGUGUUGCUUGUCGGUAGAAGAGUCUGGGAGCUGGGACACCACGUGUCUGUCAUCUGGGUGCUGCUUCAGAGCACCUGGGACUGCGAGGGCGUUCUGGGCUGCGGGAGCUUCCGGGCAGCCGGAAGGAGGCAAAAAGCAGGGGCGGAGGGAGCUAGCCGCGGGUUUCAGGCCCGCGUGUCUCUCUCCCCAGCUAGACCUGUUUCUGAGGGGGCUGUCGGUGGCACGGGAUCCCACACCACGAUGCCUUUUCAGGGACCAGCAACUGUAAAGGUUGGUGAUGAAAUACUCCUCACUGAAGGAUCGCUCGUGGACAGACCUGGGCUCUAAACCGUGUCUGCAGUUUCCGUAGUAUAAGAAAAUCAGUGACCCAUAAGAGCACCAGUUCCCUCCACGCGCUGCAACUCCAGAAGAAAACGUCUGACCAAGGGCAGAUCGGGUGCUGUUUUCAACCCUAAUCUUUUGAACAAGAAUGAAACUGUUUAAAAAUUAAGAUGCCAACAGAUCAUGAGGAGCCCUGCGGUCCCAGUCACAGGUCCUUCUGCCUGAACGGGGGUGUCUGUUACGUGAUCCCCACCAUCUCCAGCCCGUUUUGUAGGUGCGUGGAGAACUACACGGGCGCGCGCUGCGAGGAGGCGUUCCUCCCGAGCUCCGGCCUCGAGAUGAGAGGCCAGCUGUCUGCGGCUCUCGUGGCGCUGGCGGUCCUCCUGGUGACGCUGACGGUUGGCGCCUUCUACUUCCUGCGCAGGAAAGGCCAGGUUCCGAGGGCCAGCUCAGUCCGGUACCACACCAGCCUGGCGGAGCCGAGCGGCACCGGUGCCCACCAUGGGGUGUCAUUAGACCAACUCAUAUGCAGUUUCUACCACGGAAAACCGAGCCCAUCGCCUCUAACGUCCUGACGCGGGGUCUUCGCUGCCGCCGAGUUUGUGGCGGUGUGAAUCUGGGCCUGACUCGGGAGUCUCCUCCUCGAACCUGCUUCCACGGUGCAUCUGAUGUGCCCAGGAAGCGAGAAAAACGCAGCUGCCUUACAGAUUCCUGCACAUCAGCUAGAACGUUCUCAGACUCCGAAACGUCUGCACGUGCCUCGUCGAGCUGUGACAGACCCGUGACUCUCGCUGUCCGGCCUCCAGGGUCCCCGUGACCUCCCUGCGCCGGGUCUGCCCGCUUCUAGGCCCUCCUUCCCAGGUCUACCUCUCGCCCUCAGCAUGGAAACGCAUCCCUCACCCAGCCUUCCACGAAGGAAACUGCAGCCCCAGAAUGAUUUUGUCUGGAAAAGCAUCUAGGGGUGCCAGCAGGUGGCGACAUAUUCCUUAAUGCACUGAACUCCGGUGUGCACGACUGCAGUUUGAGUCCCACACCUGGAGGUUUGAAACUCACACCAGGCCCGUGUGUGUGUGUGUGUGCCCAAAAU